CUGCGCUCACCCGCUGGCUCUCCCGCUCGCUCCCUCCCUCCGGCGACCGCCGCCUUUAUAACUGCCCUGCGGGGCGAGGGCUGGACCCAAGGAGGCUGGUGAGACGCUGCUGCCUCAGGCUCCCCCAGCACCAGCGGUCUAGGGCUCCCCUCCAACGCGCGGGAGGCAGCGCCAAGCUCAGGGUGAAAGCCGGACACAAGGGGCCAAAAUGACCACUCAGUCCCCCAGCGGUUGCCGCUCAGACCUGGACCCCAGGUACCACAGACUUUGUGACAUGGAAGAAAGCUGGGGCAUCGUCCUAGAAACAUUCGCCGGGUUGGGGGCCGUGACGUCGGUGGCCUUCAUGUUCACUCUCCUGGUCCUCAUCAGCAAGGUGCAGGACUCCAACAGGCGCAGAAUGCUGCCGACCCAGUUUCUCUUCCUCCUCGGCGUGUUGGGGGUCUUUGGCCUCACCUUUGCCUUCAUCAUCAAACUGGACGGGGGCACGGGGCCCACACGCUUCUUCCUCUUCGGGGUCGUCUUUGCCAUCUGUUUCUCUUGCCUCCUGCUCCACGCUUUCAACUUGAACAAGCUCGUCCGCGGGAGGGAGUCCCUGUCCUGGCUGGUGACUCUGGGCUUGGCUCUGAGCCUCAGCUUGGUGCAGGAUGUCAUUGCGAUCGAAUAUACCGUCCUAACCAUGAACAGGACCAACGUCCAUAUCUUUUCUGAGCUUUCCGCUCCUCGUCGCAAUGAAGACUUCGUCAUGCUGCUCAUCUAUGUCCUCUUCUUGAUGCUGCUGACCUUCUGCACAUCCUCCUUCAUCUUCUGUGGCUCCUUUGCUGGCUGGAAGAGACACGGGUUACACAUCUUCUUCACCAUGUUCUUCUCCAUCGCCGUCUGGGUGGCGUGGAUCGCCCUGCUCCUGGUUUCUACCCUGGACUCCAUGUGGGAUGACACCAUCCUCAGCACAGCCUUGGUUAUCAACGGCUGGAUUUUCCUGCUGUUUUAUGUCAUACCUGAGUUUAUAGUCAUCCCGAAGCAACGCAAACCCGUGGAUUACCCGCUGGAAGAUGCUUUUUGUACACCCCAAGUCAUGAAGCAGAGCCGUGGUAUGGAGAACAGAGCAUACUCUCAAGAGGAAGUCACUCCAGGUUUUGCAGAGACCGGAACGCAGCAUGCUCCUUACUCCACCCAUUUCCAGCUACAGGAUCGGACACCUAAAAAUGAUUUCUCCAUUCCACGGGCCCACACUAAGCGUAGCCCUUACAAUAACUACGAAGGAAGGAAAGAGAACAGUUAGCUCUGUUCUGAUGGAUGGCAGAUCCAGCUGGAGCCGAAAGGGAUGUGUGCUGAAUCUGGAAUCUUCUAGAACUGUACAGAGUAUCACAGGAGGGCUCGCGCCUUCCCAGCCCCAGCCACUGCUCUGUUGUGCUGGUGAUGCUGGUGGCCAAUAAGACUGGUUCUUUGCAGCAUCGUCGUGUUUUCCUGUGUCCCACACUUGUUUGGAGUGGAAGUCUCAGGCAGCUCAGGGUCAGACUCUUGUUACUCUCUCAUGCGUGACUAAAGGUUUGGUCAUCUGACUGCACACUGGCCAACACAGCUUUGGGAGCCCACUCAUCUAACCCAUGGUGGGUUUUGUGAGGAUGCUUUGGCCCAGCACAGAACUGUGUAUCUGAGCAAAACCAGCCAACCUGGGUCUCAGCCCAUCCAGUCUAACUCUACCCUGGGAGCCAACUCCCCUUUCUGCCUCUCUACCAAGGUCAGGAUAAAGGUCAUCCUAACGCUGCUCCUGGAGUACGGCCCAUGCAGCUCCCCAGAACUGGUUCACGGGAUGCCCCUCUUGUGUCCUUGGCUUCUGUCAGCCUCAGACCUAAUCACACCCACCUGGGGGCUUUGUCAGGCGUUCUUCUGGACCUCACAGGCACAGACAAGCCCAGCUUCCCCUGGGGAGGAGAACUGUGCACUGUCCCUGCUGUAAAUUCCCGGCAUAGGUUACUUUCCCAUCCCCUUGUUCCUUGGCUUCUGUAAAUAGAGUUUUUCACUAUGUUCACCUGCGGAAUUCUGUACCUGGGCAUUGUCUACACUUGGGAAUGUUUGUUGUGUGGUAAGUUAUUUGCCUGAAUAUGCAAUAAAGAUUUGGCAGCAA